CACAAGCUGUCUCGUUGUCAGCCAUCUGGCCAUCCUUUCAUAAUGUCAACAUGUAAACCGCUCGCGCGGAUAUGCCUUAGGGCUCAAAAACCUUCUCUCCUCCCACAGGUCCAGACCCGGCACGAAUCGACCACCCGUCGGCAUCGUAAACUCCUCGUCGUGCCUGGUGCACCAUCGUUCGUCCCAUCCACUCCUCAACCAACUCUGGUCUUCAAUCCGCCAUCAUCCGCGCCAAAUGUAUACCAUACGCCAUUGAAGUUUCUACCCAAGGAUGAUCGCAGACGACAAAUGUACACUGCCUUCCUCAACUCCGCUACCCACGCUGCGCACCGCACCUCGACACCCAACAUCGCACAGCCGGGCACGCCAUUGCACACAACCAAUGCAUCACCACUAUCCGAUUACUCAACCUCGUCUCGUCUUCCGCCGCGCCCCUCGUCCGCGCUCCCAGAGCCUCUGCGUACCCCUUAUGAAAAGAAAUACCACCUCACCGAGGCAGACUUCCAAGAGAUUCGGCGUCUGCGAAACGAAGAUCCAGACACAUGGACCCGAGUCAAAUUGGCGGAGAAGUUUGGUUGCAGUCAAUUCUUCGUGGGUAUGAUAGCGAAGAACAAGGAGAAGGCGCAGCGUGUGAGCGAGGCACACGAGAUUGCAACGUCGAGGUGGGGUACUAGGAGGCGUGAGGCCCGAGAAGAUAGGGUCAGGAGGAAGGCGCUCUGGGGGCGCGACGCUUAA